UUUUACGCACAGCUGGGCGGGAAGAAGCGAAAUGUCAACAACUGAUGCGCUUUUAUCAUAAAAACGACUGAAAUGAUUCAUUUUAAACCGUUCGGCUUUAGAUGAGGACUUUCUCAGAUUUAGUAACUGAAAAUGGCUCAGCUUGGUUUCUGUGCUCUGCUCCUUUUUUAUUUUCUGUUCUCUGGACUGGUUUAUCACGUUAAAAGCCAUACAGAAAAUCAACGUAAGCCUCACGAGCAAGACCGCCCCAAUUUCAUCAUUAUUUUAGCAGAUGAUAUUGGUUGGGGUGAUCUGUGGGUGAAAAGGCCUCACAACUCCACACCAACACCCUGGCUGGACUCACUAAGGGAUAAGGGCAAAAGACACGGGCUGCGCAAUGGGGUCACUCACAAUUUUGCUGUGGGGUCAGUUGGAGGACUGCCAUUUGAAGAGAUCACGUUUGCUCAGGUCCUGCAAGAUUCAGGAUACUAUACGGCCAUGAUUGGAAAAUGGCACCUUGGUCAUAAUGGAUCGUACAGUCCAGUUCAUAGAGGUUUCGACUACUACUAUGGUAUUCCUUAUAGUAAUGACAUGGGCUGCACUGAUAAACCAGGCCUUGACCUUCCCACCUGCCCACCAUGCAUGCACGGUCAAUAUACUGCUGGGAAGCAUGAGCAAUGCUACAGUAAAGUGGCGUUACCUCUGUUUGAAAAUGAGACAAUAGUUGAACAGCCCUUGGACACAUGGAGCCUUAAAGAACGAUAUGCUGCGGCAGCAGUAAAGCAGAUAAAAACUAGCGUUUCUCGCAAACAGCCUUUCCUACUCUAUGUGGCUCUCGCUCACAUGCACGUCCCGCUGUUUCAUAACCCCUUCUUCAACGUUACGACGCAGGCCCCAUACACAGCCAGCCUCAGUGACAUGGACUCCCUGGUGGGCACUAUCAUGGAGGCUGUCAGCACUGAGCAGUUGGAAAACACACUAAUAUGGUUCACUGGUGACAAUGGCCCAUGGGAACAGAAAUGCCAGUUUUCGGGGAACGUUGGGCCUUUUGUUGGAAGAUGGCAGACAAGCAGAGGUGGCGGAUCAGCUAAGAGAACCACAUGGGAAGGAGGUCACAGAGUUCCCACAGUGGUCGCCUGGCCCAAGAAGAUCAAACCCAACAGCACCAGCAAUGCCCUGCUGAGUGGUAUGGAUAUCUUUCCAACCAUCCUCUCCCUGGCUGGUGUAAAACCGCCAUCAGAUCGACGUUAUGAUGGAAUGGAUAUAACAGACAUUCUGCUUAAUGACUCGAACUCAGGGCAUAAGAGUAUCAUGCAUCCAAACAGUGGGGCUGCUGGACAGUUUGGAGACCUACAAACCGUUAGGCUGAAACAUCACAAGGCGUUUUACAUCACAGGUGGAUCAGAGGCAUGCGGAGGAGGAAGUGGACAACAGCAUUAUCACCAACCGCCUCUGAUAUUUGACCUCUCGCAGGAUGAGGCAGAAGAGGCACCUUUGAACCCCGACAGCGAUGAAUACAGGUUUGUCCUACGGGAAGUAGUAAAAGAAAGUGCUGCUCUGCUGUUGGACAUUGCCACGGAUAAGGUAUCGACCGCCAACUACAGGACAGAUCCUGCUGCUGUGCCCUGCUGCCAAAACCCCAUCUGCCGAUGUCACAGUCUGAAAUGAGGUCAGUGGGUUCGGCCUUGACCUCAGAGCUGUUUGUCAGAUGUGUUUGAUCAUAUCUGCAUAUCGAAAAACACAACUGUAGCUUCACACCGAGAAAAUAACAAUGUCCCAGAAAACACCACUGAGAUGGGUUAUGUUAACCCUGUACAUGAAACUAUAGAUGUUGUAAUACUUAUUUAUUCUGCUGUUCAUUAUGAGCUAGAGAACGUUCUGAAAAAACAUGACUGUUUGAGGUUCUUACCAGAGACAUACCAUGAUCAUAAAUGACAUUGUUUUGAUCAAAAUUUGCUAUAGGUUUUUUACAGAAAGACAAAAAGAUUGAUAUUAUGUCUCCAUCUUGUGGUGAUAUGGUUGCCUUUACCUAGUUAACUUACAAGAGUGAGUACAACAAUAAACACAUUCAUCAUAGGGAGGCAAUAAUAUUAAAAGUGCUAAAACAGGGUACCAAGUUUCAACAGUAAUAGACAAUACAUAAUCAGGGAAAAUAUGUAAAUUUUUCAAGGGAAAGAGAAUUCAACAUCUUGUAUGACUGGAUCAAGGAAUGAUAAACAUUUAACAAUUACAAUUUUUUAUUAAAGGAAUGGUUCACGCAAAUAUGAAAAUUCUGUCCUUAUGUACUCAUCUUCUUGUCAUUUCAAACCUGUAUAACUUUCUUCUGCAGAACACAAAAUGAGAUAUUUUGGAGAAUGUUGGUAACCGAACAGUACCCAUUGACUUGCAAAAUAUUAUUUUAUUUCAAAUAUCUUUUGUGUUCUGUGGAAGGAAGAAAGUCAAACAUGGUUGAAGUGCGAGUAAAUGAUGACAGAUUUUUGUAUAUUUUUGGGUGAACUAUCGCUUUAAAACACACUUGAUAGAAUUAAAAUAUAUACAUUUCUUAUUAUAUUCUGAAUAUAAAUUUUAUAUAAAAACAAUAAAUGUGAAUUAUUUCAUCAUUAUUUACCCUCAUUUAAUUCCAGACUUGUAUGACUUUCUCCCUUCUGCAGAACACAGUAAGAUAUUCUGGGGAGCAUGACUUCCAUUGUAUGGACACAAAACCACUGAGACAUUUCUCAAAAUAUUUUUGAUUCCACAAAAUUAUACUUUGUAACUAAAUGUUUUCUAAGGGGCAUGAAUCUGAACACGUUUCUGAAGUACAAUGAAUGUAUGUGAAAUAUA